AUGGAGAAAUUGUGGAGCUUCUCGUCAAGAUCCAAUAGUAAUAUUGUUGGAACUGAUAAGCUACAAUUGGAAGAAGAAGAAGAAGAGGACAAUCUCCAUAACCAAUUAGAUGAUACCAUCCCCCUCUCACAAGUUUUACAAGAUGUCGAUUCUUUUCUCAAUAACACAACAACAACAACUCCACAUGAAGUUCCCAAUUGUGUUGUCGUGUUGCACAAAUUGUUGGAGUCUAUGAUAGAUAAAUACAAUAAACUAACAAGAGGAACAACAAGAAUUAACUUGGGGCAAGAUCCAGAGAAUGACAAGUCUUUUCUAGAUGCGGUCCAACGUAUCUACAAUCUCUCUAUCACCUCUACUUUGACUCAUCCCUAUUCAGACAAAACAUGCUUCAUCCUAGAUAAAGCAAUGUUUCUUUUAGAAAAUGACAUUUGUGCUCUUCUACAACGUCCCAAAUCCAAAACAUUCAGACCAACAUCAACACCAACACCACCGCCUAAGAAAUCCGCCUCCUCCGGUUCCCUUCAGCUACAUUUUCAACUUCAAGACGACAGGGAUUCCUUAAGGGAUGACGACCAUGACGACGACGACGGUGACUUAUUGCCUAAUUUCUCAUUACAUGAAAUUUCCAUUAUGAAUAAUAUUGCCACUUCCAUGAUUACCGCAGGCUACCAUACAGAAUGUUGCAUGGCCUUUACCGUUUUCAGGAGAAACUCUUUCAAAAAUGUGUUGCGAAAAUUGGGUUACACGUUUCCAAGGAUGGACGAGGUUUAUAAAAUGCAAUGGGAGACGCUGGAAGGCGAGAUCGGGACAUGGAACAAAGUGUUUCGGCACUGCACCAAUGUCCUCUUCAAGACCGAAAGAAAGUUAUACGAUACAAUAUUCUCCAACCAACCUUCUCUUUCUCGGACCAUGUUUGGGGAUCUUGUUCGAAUUGUCAUCCUCCAUUUUCUGAAUUUUGCACAAGCAGUGGUUUUGAACAAGCCAUCGCCGGAGAAACUGUUCAAAUUCCUAGACAUGUACGAGACCUUGAGAGAUGAGCUGGAGCCGAUCAUUGUACUCAUGAAGGAGGAGGGUUUAGAGGAAUGUGCGGAGGAUUUGACGUACGAGACAUCCGCAACAAAGCACGGGAUCAUGAAUGUUGUUGUGGCAAUGUUCUAUGAUUUGGAAAACUCCAUCAAGGGUGAUAAUCAUAGAAUUCCUGUCCCUUACGGUGCCAUUCAUCCAUUGACUCGUUAUGUCAUGAAUUACCUUAAAUAUGCAUGUGAAUACAAAGCAGCGUUGGAGGAGAUAUUUUCCCAAUAUUAUACAGAUCAAGAAUUGGAUAGGACGCCGGAGAAAUCGCCUUUUGUGGUUCAGCUGAUGACAAUCGUGGAUCUUUUAGAUGAAAAUACAGAAAGGAAAUCCAAGUUAUAUAAGGAUAUGGCUUUGCGUUGUGUAUUUCUAAUGAACAACGGGAGAUACAUAGUGCAGAAGAUCAAAGGGUGCGUUGAUCUUCACGAGUCGAUGGGAGAUAAUUGGUGUAGAAGGAGACAAACAAGUUUGAAGAUGCAUCAUAAAAGUUAUCAAAGAGAGACAUGGAGUAACGUGUUGAAGUGCCUUAACCCGGAUGGGCUUCACCAGCAAGGAAACAAGGUGUCUAAGCAGGUAUUGAGAGAUAGGUUUAAGGGUUUCAAUUCGAUGUUUGAAGAGAUACACAAGACACAGAGCAGUUGGAUGGUGAGUGAUGAACAGCUUCAAUCCGAGUUGAGGGUUUCAAUAUGUGCUUUGGUCAUACCAGCAUAUCGCUCCUUUUUGGGAAGAUUUAAGCAUUAUCUAGAAUCUGGUAGACAUGUUGAUAAGUACAUUAAGUAUCAUCCUGACGACAUAGAAAUUUUGAUUGAUGAUUUUUUUGUAGGAAAUGCCACGUCCCUGGCUCGAAGGAAGACAUGAAUGUCAUCACUUUUUUUAUACAAGACAAUUCUUUCUUAUUUCGGCA